GGCAACUUCAGGAUAAAACUGACUGGCCACCUCUGUCCAUCACCAUUCCCCUCACACCCUGAUUCUCAUCUCACUGUAAAGUCCUCUGGAUCAUACUUUCCGAGCCACCAUGACCCGUAUCGAAAAAGCUAUGGGUACCCUCAUUGAAAUUUUCCAGGAAUACGCAGGUAAAGAAGGAGAUGCUAAAACCAUGAGCAAAGGGGAAUUGAAGACUCUUUUGAGUAAUGAAUUUCACCUAAACCUUGAGGAUGCAAAAGACAAGGCUGCCUCGGACAAAUUAUUCAAAGACCUCGAUGUCAAUGCAGAUGGCAAGGUGGACUUCACAGAGUUCGUCAGCUUCGUGGCUGCUGUAACUGUCCUUCUGCAAGGCUCAUAAUGAUAAGAGGAAGAGGCCCAUUCAUACACAAACACACACACACACACACACACACAAACACACACACAGGGUCUCACCAUCACCCUGUCCAGAGUGCCAGAGGGCUGCAGUGUUUAAUUGUAAGGGUGUGAUUAAUUAAAAAAUAGCCCCAAAAAAAACAUUCAAACUGUAUCUUACACACCCUCACAAAACCAUGAACUUAUCUUGGCUUGCAGUGGAAUACAUACAUGUAAAACAUAUUUGAAAUAAACAGUUAAACUUGG